GUCGGUGAACGUGAUGCUCGCCGUGCACGAGAAGAAGACCACCGCCACCGACAUCUACCGCCCCCUCCGGAACUACAUCGCCCUCAACUACUCCGAGCGCGACGCCCAAUCCGCCGAGGACGAUCUCGAAUCGAUCCGCAAUCUCCGAUCCGAGCUCGAGAGCCCCGCCUCCUCAACCCCCGAUCUCCGCCGCGAUCAGCUCCACUCCUACUUCAAAGCCCUAACCCUAAUCGAGCCCCGGUUCCCAACCGUAGCCUCGUCCCUCUCCUUCACCUGGUACGACGCGUUUAAACCUAAUAAGAAGGCGACGCUGUCGUCGAUCCAGUUUGAAAAAGCUGCGAUCUUGUUCAAUCUGGGCGCGGUUUACAGCCAGAUUGCGUUGUCGGCGGAUAGGGGGAAAGGGGAGGGCAUUAAGGUGGCGUGUAAUGCGUUUCAGGCUGCGGCAGGGGCAUUUGGGUUGUUGAAGGAGACGGCGAGUCUGAAGGUGGCGGCAGCGGGGGGAGGGACGGUGCCGGAGAGUGCGGGGAUGCUUGAGAGGCUGAUGUUGGCGCAGGCGCAGGAGUGUUUUUUUGAGAAGGUUAUUGGGGAUGGGAAGCCCCCAGGGCUUUGCUCGAAGGUUGCGAGGCAGGUUGGUCUCUACUAUGAAGAAGCUUAUGCAGCUCUGAACUCUGCUCCUCUUAACCAGCAUUUUGAUCGCACAUGGAUCUCUCAUGUGCAGUUAAAGUCUGCCCAGUUCUAUGCUGAGUCUUGUUAUAGGUACGCCUUAGAGCUUCACAGUAAAGAUGAGAUUGCUGAAGAAAUAGCACGCCUCAAGAUUGGAUUAGGUGCACUCUCGGAUGCAAAGAAAUCUGCCAAGGGAGUUGCUGCGCCUCUUCUUGAUUCUGUGUCCAAACUGGAGAGCAAUAUGAAUCGUAAUCUUGAGAGGGCUGUGAAGGAGAAUGAUCGGGUUUAUCUACAGAGGGUACCAGCUGCUAGUUCUCUGUCAACUUUACCUGCAGCCUCUCUUGUCAAGCCAGUGCCAAUGGCUGAAGUUUUAGAUGCUAGCAAGGAAAGGAUGUUCUCGGGUAUUGUACCAGAUACUAGUGCUAAGGCUCUCUCCAGGUACACUGAGAUGGUUGAUGACAUAAUUCGGACUCAAGCUGAGAAAUUGCAGCAGGGUAGUGAAAUCACAAGGGUUAAAUUGAAGGAGAUGGACCUUCCUGAUUCUAUCUUGGCCCUGGAAGGUAACAUUACUUUGCCAAUGGAUCUUAAGGAAGACGUUGAGGCUGUACAGAUUAGUGGUGGUCCUUCUGGUCUAGAAGCUGAGCUGCAGCAGCUCAGAGAUUUGAGGAGAGUAAAUCAGGAGCUUUUGGUCCAGACUGAAGAGGCAUUACAGAAGGAAGCAAGUGAGGAUGCUCAGUUCAGGACCCAGUUCGGAUCUCGGUGGACUAGACCACAAUCAAGCACUCUGACGAAAAAUUUACAGGAUAGAUUGAAUAGAUUUGCUGCAAACCUUAAGCAAGCCACUGAUAGUGAUGCAAGGAUUGAACGAUCUGUGAGAGAGAAUGCGGCACUCAUGGCAAUCCUUGACCAUACACCGAUAGAAUCUGCACUACCAAGUCUUGCAAGGCCUAUUAUGUCUUUGGAUAGCAAUGAAGAUGCUAUAGUGGGAGCCCUCAAGCAGAGCUUGAGGCAACUGGAGAAUCUUGGUGCUCAUCGGGCAGGCCUUGAAGAUAUGCUUAGAGAAAUGAAGAGAAAGGAUGAUAUAUUACCGAAGUUGAUGGCGAGCACGGGAUCUCAAGAAGAUCUUUUCAGGAAGGAGAUUACCAAGUAUGACCACAUUUGUGAAGAAAUUGCCCAAAAUAUUGAGGCACAGGAGAAUCUAUUGCUUCAAAUUCAAGCACAAAAUGAUGAAUUUGCUUCAGUAUUUAAUUUGGAGGAUUACAAAGUUUCUAGAGAAAAAUGUUACAAACAGAUUGCUGCUGCUAUAGCAAAAUAUCGGGAGAUCAAAGAAAAUAUCAAUGAAGGAUUGAAGUUCUAUGUCACUCUUCAGGAUGCAAUAACAAAUGUAAAGCAGCAGUGCAGUGAUUUUGUGAUGACCAGGAACAUUCAAUGCCGGGAAAUGAUUGAGGAUGUGCAAAGGCAAAUGGCUGGCCUCAACUUUUCUUCCAAUGUUAAGACAGGUUACAACUAUCCUGUUCCCGGGCAAUCCAACCAACAACCUCGAAAUUCUUCAUCUCCGCAAACUUCUAGUCUACAAAAUAUUUCUCAGCCCCCUUCACAACCUCAGCCACCAUAUAGUCACUCUCCUGUAGACCAUCCGAGGCCUGCAUAUUCUCAGCCUCCCUAUAGUCACUCGCCUGAGCAUUUGAGGCCAUAUUCCCCAGCUUAUGGACAACAAACCCCUUACCAAGCAGCAAAUAAUCCAUAUCAACAACAUCCUCAGCAAGCUCAUGGACAUGAGUAUGGGCAACCAGCUUAUCCUGGAUGGCGAGGGCCAUAUUAUAAUCCGCAGCAGAUGCAGCAGCCAGGUUCACAUCCUCCACCGCCAUAUAAUGUACCAUCACCGUAUCCUCCCCAAGGCUAUUACAGGCCUCAAUAGUGUGUAUUGUUUUAAGUCAGUAUUUGCUUGGUAUCUCUGUCUGCUCCAUUUGUGCGGAAGAACUUCAUUUCAUUGUGUAAUGUAAUUAAUGAUGUGAUGAAUUUGCCCCGGUUAGUUUGUGUUGAACACCAGCUAGAAAUUUGUUCGAAUGAUUAUAAAGUGGAAAGGUUGAAUAAUCAGGGCUGUUGCCUCCCCUUACUUAAUUUCUUAAUA